AUGGAAGAACCCAACUUUAUCGACGACUCGAUUCCCUUGGCUACAACUAAUGAGCACCAUGUUUCUGACUGUUCAGCAGACUGCCAGGCCCAGUUUUUCAGGUUAUUGACGUCCAAGAAGGAGGCAGCUGGGGCAAUGUGUCAGACGUUUUCACGUUUGUUAGAGGACGGAAGAGGAGGAUUUCCCGUGCUUUACUACUGUGGCUCCCAUCUGUGCAAGAUGAAGAGCAUAGGAGAUGCUGACCAAGAUUUGAGCCUCCACCAGUUCCUCAACUCUUGUCAAAGAAAUGUUUACAGCCCUGCAUCUCAUCCUAUAUCGUCAGAUGAGUCGCAUGUCCGCUCGAAGAGUAUCGUCGACGGAAAAAAACAUGCUCGUCGACAGCAGCAGCAACCUACUACACCAAUUGUGGCCGUUCCAACCGCCACUCUGUCAGGAUUUCUAGUAGAGGGGUUUCAUACCAUCACAACCAAUAUUAGCCCCCCUUCUGCAUCUGAGAUAACUCAUGACGUUGACGCCUCGGGGUCUUCUGUGAGUCACUUGGUCACGACGACGGAAACCUCGAAGCCUCUUCACCACAGAACAGGAGGCAAAAGCCAAGUGCCUUCCAGCACAAAGGUCACAAUCGGCGUCUCCGUCAUGGUUGGAAUUCUGGCGGUCGUUGCCUUGAUCGCAUGGCACCUGAAGGUGAAGGCGCGGUUCCGCAACAAGAAACGCAUCAGUCGUCCCAUUAAGCCCAGCAGCCUUCCACCUACGCCGCUCAUAUCUCCGUCGAGCUUGUAUGCCGGACCCCCCUGUGGCCCGUUGACGCCACCUCCACGACUGCAAGAGCGACGCUUCUUGUUGACCAGGGCGCUGAGCCUGCGCCGCAAUAACCACCGCCGUCAGUAUAAUGAAGAGGACUCGCAAGAAUGGACCGGUGUGCCACUGUCUCCCAUGCCGCCUCUGUCACCCCUAUCGCCAAUCUCCAUCUCUAGAGCCAGGAGGGGCCCAGAAGAUGGCGAACACGGAGGCAUUACGGCAACAACCACAAUCUCGCAGGCGACGACUGUGACGAGGCCACUCAGGGAUGACGUUGCCCCAGGCGCCAGCGUCUCAAGCAUCUUCAGUACCACCAGCACCUUGAAGGCCACUUCCAAUGUAUCCGCCGACUCGGCACAGAUGAGAUACAGCGGCGCCACUGCCACUGAGUUUCCGCGACCGCCGCCACGAGUGUAUGAAGCACCGCUGGUGGUUCGUGGUCUGGCGAGUCCCGGGCCGCCACCAACGCGAGCGCUUCCGAGUCUUCCUGCGGAUGGCCGGAUGAGCCCCUUGAAAUCGCCUUUGGUAUCGCCAACGGGUCGGACUCGGCAAGUGUCACCAAGCUUUGCGGCUGUGACUGGACUGUCUGCGGGCACUAGUGAAGGAAACGGUGGCGCUCAGAGGCCAGGGGAGGAGAGUAGCCAAAACGGCGCUGGGAGACCUCUAGAGACACCGAUGCAGUCUCCGAGGAGGGUGAGGCAUGUGGCCAGUCCGCUGUUGAAUGAGGUUUGUUUGAACGAUGUGAAGAAGGAGUGA